AUGUCGAGAACUCCAACCAAUCAUAUCCUCUAUGCCAAGGAAAGCAGCAGGCUGCCGGAGCUCUCGGUUGCAUGUACCAACUGUCGCAGCCGCAAACUGCGCUGCUCAAGGGAAGCACCCGCAUGUCAACACUGCCGCAAAACUGGGAGCGACUGUACAUACGAUCCCAAACGGUCGAAGCCGGGCAUUAAAUCCGGAGCUAUUGAAAAUAUACACCGACGGCUAGAUCGUCUAGAAGACUUUGUUAUCGACCGCCUCGGAGAUGAUAAGCCAGACGAGUCCAAUAGACAAACACAGCCGGGUGAAAACGAGUCCACACCAUGCUUUGCUUUGUCUGUGCUGGCACGGGAGCUUCAAAAGUUCAACGGCAAGCUGGCGCCCGCGACCGAUGAUCGCCCAAGUAAACGGCAACGGGUGGACGAGCAUGUCGACUUUUCUCAGUCUGCGCUACUAGAUAUCGACCGCCGUUUAGUACUUGCUCUGCUCAACCCGAACACUAUUGAUGUUGUUUUGCAGACAUACUUCAAGCAUAUCCAUCCCUGGAUUCCUCUAGUACACGAGACCAGUUUGCGUCGGCGACUUCGUGAUCCAAGACACAGAUCCAAGCUUGAUGUCUUGCUGCGAGCCAUAAUAUUAGUAUCUACAAGAUUCAUACAGCAGUACGAGGCCGUAUCUGACAUUUGCCUGGCUGGCCUGUCCACGAACCAAGCCAGGAGUCUGGUCGUUUCGGAUUCAAUGGAUUGCCUGAAAGUUGAAAAUAUCCAGGCCCUCAUCGGAAAUGGGUGGGGGGAAAAGGCAUGGUCCCUAGUCGGGUCGCUGACACGGACAGUCGAAUACUUGAAACUUACAGUCGAAGACGAAGACUACCAAGGCCAGAGCUGGGUCGAGGCAGAGGAGCGACGGAGGGUGUUCUGGACCGUAUUCAAUCUCGACCGAUUUUGUUCCGUGGCUAUGGGCUGGAACACUAGCCUCACUUCGGACGAUGUUCACCGCCGUCUUCCUUGCGAUGGAGUCCACUGGAGAAGAGAUAAACCCAAUGUUACAGCUUUCUUUGGCAUCUGGGAGAAGUCAGCAAGUCGAAUGGGAAAUCCGAUUACCUUCUCUCCGGGCCAUUACGUGUCUCCGCAACGUACAGUGGCCGAUAACGCCUAUGCAGCGAGUCCAAAUGAAGGCUACGAUCCUGCUUUAUCACCAGAUGAUCCUUUGGUCUCUGCGAUUGGGGCUUUUGCCUACCGUAUUGAAGCAACUGAGUCGCUGAGCCGCGUCACGACUUAUUUUCUUCAACAAAAGGUUGACAUGAGCCGCCCAGAUAAUGUCACAAGUUGGCUCACACGGUUCAAGGAACUGGACCUGCGCCUUGUGCACUGGAAGAUGCUCCUACCAAAAAAGUGGAAGGCUCUCAGCCCUGCCAACACUGCCAACACCGUCGUCUGUCCUCGCGAGAGCGCCAAUCAGAACGGCUCGCUUAGUGGCAGUGGAGGAGUAACGGGAGGUGAGGAAGAUGCCAAAAGCCAAAUAGUAGUGAUGGACCCAAAUCUCACGCUGGCACACAUCACCCACAAUGCGUCCAUGAUUCUCUUACAUCAACCUAUCGCGUUUCCACCCCAUGAAUGGACUUUCCGCAGCCGCCUGCCCAGUAGUUGCUCUGCAGAGACAUGUCAGCAGGCAGCUUUUGAAAUCGCCACUAUCACUGAACAAUAUCUAAAAGUGUCUCCACCAACCUUCCCCUUGUAUCCCCAGUUUUCAUUUUGCGUCUAUGUGGCAGCCCGACUCUUGCUAGCCUACGAAACCAAUCACAGCAUAGAGAUUCACCCUCUGCACUCCAGAUCGGUCAUAGAUGACAGAUUCUGGGCGCUAGUUAGCAGCCUAGAUGAGAUGUCGCGUCGAUGGAACGGACACGGUAUAGCGGUGCUAGAGACCAUGACUUUUGGCGAGGACCUAGCUGCAAAGUACGCGUUAAAACUAAGGGAGAUGAAAGAUAUGUGUAUGCAGGAUUUGGGUUACAGAAUAAGUGUCUUGGAUUACAUGCAAGAUAUCGACCAUUCCAGCAGGAAGACCGACCCAAUUAUGGAUUAUGCAGUGGCUUCGUCUACUAUCAAUGACCCGACCCGACAGUCAUAUCAAAAUACAGAGGCACGACCAGAGCACAAGUCCCGGGAUGGCGGACGGUCAAUAGGAAAUGAGCAGAACGUGAACCGCUCCAAUACGGAACAGGCCACGUCGGUGCCCUGUCCCUCAUCACCAUUAGAGCUAUCCAGAAACCCUACCGACCAUUAUCAGAAGGUUUAUGGGCAAGCAACAUACUCUCCAGAAACGGAUGAAGCGUCCCGCGACCUGGGUGUUAUUUCGGAUAUGUUGCUGGGCCAUCAAUUCAUGGAUCUGGACCGGAUCAUCAGUUUCGAUAACGGAAUGUUCAGUGCCAGUCCAGACCAGCCUUGGUAA